CCAGGAAUCUACUUCGUAUCAACACCCACUUGUCUGCUCCCGGCUUGCAAUCUUGCCAGCAGGCGGAGCCUUACCAUAUCGCGGCUGGCUGAACAGCUGCCAAGGCUAUGCAUUACAUUCGUUUCCUCAAAACCCCGCGCAUCCAACUCAACCACGGCUCUCUCCUCCUCAAAGCCGUCCUGACCGUCACUACCGACCUAGGCGAGACCUUCUACCCCCACGACCUGGACCUCGUCGCCACGGUGCGCAGCCUAGCGCCCGAAGGGGAGAUCUUCCUGCGCCGCAAAGUGCGCUGGGAAGGCGCGACGCUCGCCGUGCCCGUUACCUUCAACCUCUCUAAUCAGGAUGUCGAGUGGCCGGCGUGCGUGCACGUCGAAGUGCGGAAUGCGAGUCGGCUGGCUGCGACGUUCCCUUUCCUUGCGCCUGUGCUCGAUGUUUGGAGUGGACCGCUGAAUCCCACUAAGGGUCGAAUGGAGAGCGGGAUUCUGGUGGAGAGACGGUUUGUCUCCGCUGCGCAGCGCACGCUUUCUCUCCUCGAGGAGACGGGCGAUAGUAUUGCGCGGCAUCUGUGGGAUGGGAGCCAGGCGCUGGCGCAACACAUCGACCACACCAUCUCCCUCGACACGGCCUCUUCUCCCCUGCCCCUACUAGAGUACGUGCUCGCCUCCGCCACCUACCGCAAACUCGCCGUCCUCGAGCUCGGCUGCGGCUGUGGAACCGUAGGCAUCAGUCUCGCGCAAGCGGUGCCAGACUGCGACGUCCUGCUCACGGACCUGCACGAAGUGCGCGACCUAACGGAAGCGAACAUCGAGCGCAUGAACGCCGCCAUCGCCUCCAAAGUCGCCUUCUUCCCCCUCGACUGGACGCAAGAGUUGCCGGAGAAGCUGCAGACGCGCGCCAACGACCUCAUCGUCGUUAGUGAGUGCACUUACAACACCGACACGCUGCAGCCGCUCGUGUCCACUCUUGUGUCCCUUAUAAUGCGCUCCCCGAAAGCCAUCAUCAUCGUCUCGACCAAGACACGCCACGCUAGCGAAGCCAUCUUCUUCGACAUGAUGAAGAAGGCGAAUUUCAUCGAGCACGAUCGAGCACGUGUCCCGCUUCCCGGCAUCCCGGGGACGGGAUACGCAGAUGGCGCGACGGACGUGGGCCUGUAUGUCUUCCGCGGACCGGAUUACCAGUUGAGCCCGAGUCCGAGGGCGUCGCGAGACGACGGGGAUGUGCCCACCUCCACGCCGCGGCGGGUUGCAUUCAAGCGAAGUAUCUCGCAUGGCUCGUAGGGCUGCAUUGCAUUGGAGUUUUCGCGAGCACCGGGAUGGAUGGACAUUUCUAUGACGACCGAGACGAGGCCUUUUCGCAUCAUGAUAGCAUAAUGAAUUCGACAUGGUUAUAUGCAAAGCGUUUCUUGAGCGGCGGAUUUGACCGGUGCAUAAGUGAUAUUCGUCAAACUCGUUCGCGCUUC